GACACAGAUCUUCCAUCAGCUGGUUCACUCCCCAAAUGGCAGUGAUGGUUGGGACUGAAGCCAGGAACCAGGAGCUCCAUCCUGGUCCCCCCCAUGCAUGACGGGACCCACGUGCUUGGCCCAUCUCCAGCUGUUUUCUCAAGUGCAUUAGCCGGGAGCUGGAAGGGCAUCAGAGCAGCCAGGGCUCGAGCCAGGCACUGCGAUACAGAUUGACCUGCUGGGCCUCCACACCUGCCCCAAGGCCUCUCCUUUCUAAACCUACAGACAGGUGCCUAGUGUGCACUAACCCUGCUAUAGGUGGUGCCCCACAGGUGAUGCGGGGCUAUCUUAGAGCAGGACCCAUUUUGAGGAAGGAAACCCAAUUUAGAAAACGAAAUUCAGACCACCGCCUCUCAAUGCAAUGAGUGCAAUAAACGUUGAUUGACAGCCUGCGCAGAGAUCAGCUGCCCACCAGAGAGCCAAGGAGAAGCAAAGAGGGAGGGACCCAGGGCACCAUCCUCACGGCUAGUGUCUGUUGAUUGCUUCUCGCAUCCAAGCCUCACGUGACGUGACGCCAUGUCACGUCAGCCUCACACCAGCCUGCAGACGAGGGAAGGGAACUUGGCUGACCUGAGAUGGCGUGCCCGGGAACCCCGGCGAGGACAUGCAGGAGCCGCGCAGCGCGAGUGGGCAGGCAGGACAACCCUGCACGCGGCUGCCCGCCCCGGCAGUGCCGCUGGCCCGGGCCAUCGCGCCCUCGCCAUCCUUCAGUCACCUGCCUUGUCGGGGGUUAGGGAGUGAGCAACCGUCAGGGUCGCCAGGCCCUUCACCUGGGACAGCGGGGUGUGUCCUGACCUCCCCGCCCGCAGGCGCGAAGACCCCCUUGUGGAAGAAGGAACUGGAAAAGCCCCGGGCCACGGAGGCAGAGCAGGAGGAAGCUCAGGAGGGCUCGGAGGAGGACGACGAGGAGAGGCCGCCGGAGGAGCGCGCGACUGAGGGCUCGGAGCAGCCGCGGGAGGCGCAGGAGGCCGAGGGCCACGAGCCCCGCUCGGUGUCCUACAGUCCGCUGCGCCAGGAGUCCAGCACCCAGCAGGUGGCGCUGCUGCGGCGCGCCGACGGCGGCUUCUGGGGCUGGCUCAGCCCCUUCGGGCUGCUCGGCGGUUUGGUGGCUCCAGCCGACAGGAAGCGGAGUCUGCCGGAGGAGCCGUGCGUGCUGGAGACGCGGCGGCGACCUCCGCGCCCCGGGUGCUGUGCGCGCUGCGAGAUCCUUUUCUGCAAGAAAUGCAGGAUCCUGCACAGCCCCUCGGCCUACGUGGCGCACUGCGUUCUGGAACACACGGAUCUGGGUAAGGCGGGUGCCGCCGGGGCGGGAGAAAUGCCCCGCCUCAGAACCGCCCGCGGGGCGCCCCCUCGGGCGAAGAGGCCCACCGUUGAGGCGGGGGUUUCCAUUGGGCACCUGGCGCCCGCCAGGGCAGAGCCCAGCCUUACCUAGAGCCCGGCUACUCCAACAGCGCCCGCGCCCACCUGACGCGCGCCCCAGACACAGCCUCACGUGCAUUGCAGGUCCUUCCGGCCAGGCGGACAGAGGCAUCGCCUAAGGGAAACAACCUCUGGGCUUCCCCUUUCCCUCAAAUCAUUCAAUAAAGCCUCUAAUCACAGUG